GUGUUGCUGCGUGGCAGAUGAACCAAAGAUAGAUCAGAAAAAAAAAAAAGAGGCAUUGCGGAAUAAAAACAGAGAGCAAAAAAAUGAGGAAGCGUUCACAAAUAGAGUGCGAUUCGGGCGUGCGGAAUGCGUACAUCCACAGCGUAACCUGAAGCCAUGAGAAAUGCCCAGGACUGAGAAAUCUUGCCCUGUGCAGCCCCCGAUGGAUGAAGUUGUGCUCUUUAAAGUCUGUCAUAUUUGGUAUUAGGAUAUCAAUGUCCUUCUACAAUCAGCACCUCAUUUUACUAGGCUUUCUGGGUCUCUGCUCCAUAUCAAGCCUUGUGCUUAGUCAGAACCACACUCUGAUAUUUUCCAAAGACAACAACAUCCGGAACUGCAGCUGCUCCUCCAACAUCCAUAACUGCGAUUACAACCUGGCCAACCUGGAGUGCAGCUGUAAGACUGUCCACCCGAAGAACAAGACAGGAUCCAGGAUGAGCUACAGUGGCAACCUGACCAUCUGGUUCUCCGAUACAUCCACUCUAGGCAAGCUGGUGAACUUCACUUUUGUGCACAACCUAAAACUUUCACUUUGCGGCACUACAACCCUGCCGACAGAAUUCCUGGCCAUUCUGGGACUCCGGCAACUGAAGGUGCAAGCAGAUGCCAUGGCGGAGCAAAGUUUGAUCCUUUACAAUAGCAGUGAUCAGAAGGUCAAGGACGGACCUUGUCCCACACCCAGAGACAAGCAGUCACAAUUACCUAUUUCUUACCUGGACACUUCGGUCUUUAACAGGCUUCCUUUGUUAAAAUCAUACAGCGUGGAGAAUGUAUCCAGUGUUUUGGAACACUUCCCCAACUUGCCUUUUUCCAGUGUGAUUUCUACAACAGACGAGGGUUACAUUGUGACAUUAAUCUACUGAUGGACAGGGAUGACUGCAUUUGGAUGUAA